AACUCGCUUAGUUUCAGAAUUCUCAUCGUUUUCAAAUGGCUGGCGCUUUGACGGACCCGAUCAAUGAACUUGAAGAAAAUCUACAAUGUACUGUAUGUCUGGAGCCGCUAAAAGACCCGAGAACUCUUCCUUGCUUCCACUCAUUCUGCAAAGAUUGUUUGGAAACGUUGUGAAAACAUGUCGUGACGAAGCACCUCGCGGUCGACCAGUUCGAGAGUUUCCAUGUCCAAAUUGUCGAGAGAUGUUUACACUCGAUCCUGACAAAAAUGUCGCCGACAUGAGACGAAAUCAUUUCAUCUGCAACAUUGUAAAAGCGACAGCCGUACUCAACCGAGAUCGAAGAACUGGCGUUCCGUGUUCACAUAAUUGUAGUCAAAGCUACUCAGUCGCUCGCUGUGUCACUUGUGAGAAAUUCUUAUGUCAAGAAUGUCUGACUAUUCACGACAGUUAUCGAGGACACACUGGCCAUUUUGUUCUGACGAUGGAAGAGUUGUCAAAGCCGGAGAAUCGUAAGAAAAUCAAGGACAAAAUGUAUUGCAAUGAACAUCCGGGCGAGAUAUUGAAAGUUUAUUGUGAAACCUGCGACCAGCUGAUUUGUAAGGACUGCAUGGAUUUUAAACACACAAAGCAAGAUCAUUCAUGUUUUCUUGUUAAAGAUGUCGCUAAUAAAUAUAAGGAACUACUAGCUUCAAAAAAUGAAACAAUGGAUGGCGUUUUAGCUGAGAACAACUCCUGCCUCGAAGAAUUAUCGCAAGCAACACAACAACUUGAUCGUGAUGCUGAGGAUGUCAAAACUAAAAUUAAACAACGAAAACAGUUUAUUUUGAAGAAUGUCGCUGAAGUGUUGCAUGAAAAAGCAGAAAUACUUCUGAACAGAGUAGAAGUUAUUCACACAGAAGCACGAGAAAAAAUUGAUAAACAAAUCUUGGAAAGAAAGCAGUUUGGAGAAAACUUGCAAAAUUCUGUUUAUCUUAGUAAGAAACUGGUCGAACAAGGCACAGAGGAAGAAAUCAUUUCUUCUCAAAAGAUGACUUUGGAUAGCGCAAAUAAUCUUCUCAUAAAGCAACAAAAAGAACAUUAUAAGUUAGUGAUAUCAGUGGUUAAAUUUAACUACUCAAACAGUGACUACAAGAAACCAUUGAACAAAGGAAUCAGGGAACAUCUGAUGAACAGUCUGGGAGAAAUCAAACAUUUGCACGAGGAUGCUGACGCAGGUGAAGCAAAACAUAAAAUAAAAAAAGAAGAUCCUUCCAGCACAACAACCCAAGAAUCUCUGGCAGUGGGUGAAGAUACGACGGAAGAAAGUUUGUUCAACACCAGAAGUGCAGCAGAAGAAUACCUCAUUGACAUUUCUUCGGUGGUAUACAAGAACGUAAACAUUUCUGUAUAUCAAGGAGAUAUUACCAAUGAGUCAGCCGAUGUUAUUGUUAGUCCAGCAGAUAAAGAUCUCACAAAUGAUGGCAAAACAGCAAGAGCCAUCGUAAGAGUUGGUGGGAGAUCAAUUCAAGAUGAAAGUACUGAGAUUAUGAAGAAACGACACAAUAAACCUCUCAAUCCAGGAGAUUUGGUAGUGACAAAAGCAGGAAAUCUUCCAUGCAAAUUUAUCAUUCAUGCUCUGGGCCCAAAAUUGCGUGAAUACCAGUACAAGGAAGACGCAGUAAAAAAAGUAUUGUUCAACACAAUUCUCCGCUGUUUAAAGCUUGCCGAUCAACACGGCGCCACAAGCAUCUCCAUCUCUGCUAUAAGUUGCGGGGGAUCUGGCGUCCCUGUCCCAAUUUGUGCAGAAGUUCUGUUUGAGGCGGCGACAAAUUUUGCAAAGAAUGCCCCCAAAUCCAACAAGCUAAAAAACAUUCGCUUCGUCGACAUCAACAAACGGACUUCAAAAGCCUUCGUGCAAGAAAUGAAGAGAAGAUUUGGUUCUUCUGUCCAAACGAAAUUUCGAAUUGCUGAUAUCGUAUACACAGAAAGUCAAUGUAAAGCAGAAUAACUAAACUAACAAUGUGAAUUUAAAUUUAAACUUGAAUUUAACAAGCAUAUAGAUUCGCGCCAAGAGCUGAAUUUGAAUUACUCCAUAUUUACUUAGUUAUAAAAGUUUGGUAAACAAAUAUAAUAUUGUUUAACAACUUAGGCAAAA